UUAGUUUUCUUGCUAAACGCGUAGUGGCACGCAGUCCAUUUGUAUCUUUUGUCUUAAGUCAUUUCAUUUUCUACUUCUACUGAUCCCCCAACAUCAAAAUGCCACAAAUUGAGGAAAUGAUUGAUGUUAAUUUGGAUUCACCCAACACACCCGAAGAUCAUCACCAGCACUCACCUGCCUUUAAGAAAUGCAUUACAUUCAAUAAAAAUGUCGAUAAUAUCCAGUAUGAAGGACAAGAUACCACCGAUUUUGUAACUUCACCUCAAAAAUUACGUUCCUGGUCAACACUAACCGAUAAAGAUGAUGAUAAACCACAUUUACGUUAUUUUUCUGUGGGUCCCAGUACCCAUCAAUUACGCUGUCCAUUGUGUAAACAGCGGGCCGAUGCUGAAACUGUACAGAUGAGCGGAAUUUUGGGUCAAUUAAGUUGUUUGUUGUCGUCGUUUUCUUGUUGUUUUCCCAUAUUUUCACUCUCGCUGGUAUAUAUGUGUCUGCAGAGUCGUCUAAAGAGCAAGAGAUUGUUUUGCAAUAAUUGUGGAGGUCAUUUGGGAUUCUAUUGGAGACCCACAUAAUGAUGAAGCAUAGACAAAAAGAAAAUAUUUUUAAACAAAAAUUUUUUGUAUUUCUUAAAAAAAAAAUAAUAAUA